AUUGCGUACACGACGACGACUAGAUACCCAUCAGAGCCUUCACUGCUCCUGUAUACUACCCACACAUACCUCUCUUCAUAGCCUCUUGUGCGUUCUGUACCUAUCAUCAUGUCUUCAUUCUUCUUUUCCACCCCAGUCGACAUUGACAUCGUGCUCGAGGACGCCGAUGACCGCCAAACAGUCGACGUCAAACUUGACAAGAACAGGCGAGAGAAGGCACCUCUGUAUCUCGAUGGGGAGUCGGUGAAGGGCGCAGUCACAAUCAGACCAAAAGAUGGGAAGCGUUUAGAGCACACCGGCAUCAAAGUGCAGUUCAUUGGACUGAUUGAAAUGUUCUUCGAUCGUGGAAAUCACUACGAAUUUCUCUCCCUCGGUCAGGAGCUUGCAGCACCGGGAGAACUGCAACACCCGCAGACUUUCCCCUUCAAUUUCAAGAACGUCGAGAAGCAAUACGAAUCAUACAAUGGCAUCAAUGUCAAGCUACGGUACUUUAUUCGAGUCACGGUGUCCAGAAGAAUGGCGGACGUGAUCCGAGAAAAAGACAUCUGGGUCUACUCUUACCGGAUACCCCCCGAGACGAACAGCUCGAUUAAGAUGGAUGUCGGUAUUGAGGACUGUCUUCACAUAGAGUUUGAAUACUCCAAAAGCAAAUACCAUCUCAAGGAUGUCAUUGUUGGCCGAAUAUACUUUUUGCUGGUGAGAUUGAAAAUCAAGCACAUGGAAUUGUCCAUUAUUCGGAGGGAAACCACAGGAGUCGCACCAAACCAGUACAACGAGAGCGAAACUCUGGUCCGCUUCGAGAUCAUGGAUGGUUCUCCUUCGCGAGGAGAGACAAUACCCAUUCGAUUAUUCCUAGGAGGGUUCGACCUGACGCCUACGUUCCGCGAUGUCAACAAGAAAUUCUCCACCCGAUACUACCUGAGCCUUGUAUUGAUUGACGAAGAUGCUCGCCGAUAUUUCAAGCAAUCAGAGAUCGUGCUAUUCCGACAAGCACCCGAAUCAGCUCCUCAAUUAGCCAUCGAUAACCCGGGGGUCGGUGGAAAACAACCUAUGCUCACGAUGCCGACACCUGCCUGAUUCGUCGAAUGGGGAAGUUGUUUCCUCUUCCUCGACUCUUUAUACCGUUACGGCUCCUGAUGAACCCUCGCUCCAUAAGGCAAUUUUCAUGCUCAAGGCAUAUUGGUUCCAGUCUCAGCGGUACUUGUGGCCGGAUGGCUAGUGCCCGGAUAAGGUGCUUGGGAGGUACCACUCGACACCCGCACUCCAAUCACUCUGUCAAUCCGCUCCUCCACCUGCGGUGGGCAUGCAGGCCACUCUGUACUCAUGGUCUUCAAAGAAUCUACCUGACAUUAAAUCUCUAUCCCAAAGGCCAUCCUUAAGCGACAAAGACUUCUGCUACAGUGCAUAUGUCCAUACAGGAAUACAGGAGCCUGCCUUGCAGAGGCAUGUCCUUCGGCCUAACACAAAAUUGAUGGCAAGCCCAUAUAGUUAAUUAUGACAGUCACGCAAACAACAUUAUGAUUCUCC